AUGCAUCUCAUCUUCCUACUUUUCAUAGCCACCUUCUGCUCUGCUGCAGUACUCCAGCUCCCCACCAAAAGCACCGGCUCCCUCCGAGCCAAGCUCAUCCAAUCUGGAAAAUACCCAGAGUUCCUGGCUUCUCAGCAUGUAUCCCGGCUUAACAGCGGAGCUCUACCCUUAGCAGACUAUAUGGAUGAAAUAUACACUGCAAACAUUACUGUCGGGACCCCACCGCAAUCUGCCAGUGUUGUUAUGGGCACCGGAUCUGCCAAUUUCUGGGUCGUCGGUGCUGGAUGCACCUCGCCGGCAUGCAAUGGAUUCCCAGAUUCUGGGCAUACCAAGCUGAAAUUCUAUUCGAAUAAGUCUUCGAGUUUUGUAGAUUUGAAUCGCAAGUUCUUUAUCAAUUACCCUACUGGAGCUUGCAGUGGGUACCUGGGAACUGAUGUCCUGCAACUUGGAGGGCUCACUGUAAAGAAUCAAGAAUUUGCAGUCACCACGCAAAUCAGUGAUCAAAUGGGACAUUUCCCGUUGGAUGGGGUACUUGGGCUUGCUUGGCCACCAGUGGCCGUAGAUCAAAUCACCCCGCCAAUGCAGAACCUGAUGCCUCAGCUAGACGCCCCGAUCUUCACGCUAUGGCUUGAUCGAGUGCUUCAAGGCUCACAGGGAGGAUCAGGAGGGCUUAUCACAUUUGGAGCAAUUGAUACAAAGAAUUGUGAUGCUCAGGUGAACUAUGUCGCUUUGAGCUCAAAGACUUUCUGGCAAUUCCCGUUGGAUGGAGUGGCGAUUGGGAGUUAUACGUCGAUGAAGAAGGAUCAGGCAAUCUCCGACUCCGGAGACUUUGGGCUCCGACUCCCUCUGGCCGUCCUCAAUGCAGUUAUCCAACAAACCAAGGCCACCUAUGACUGGACCAAUGAGUUCUACACACUCGACUGCUCCACUAUGCAAACCCAACCUGACCUUGUAUUCACUAUCGGUGGAAUGCAGUACCCUGUGAAGUCUGUCGAGUAUAUUCUUGACUUGGGACUUGGCAAUGGGAGAUGUGUUCUUGCAAUGUUCACAGACUCCAGUACAGGAUUCGGGCCGUCGUUUGGGUUUGGAAAUGUGUUCCUGAGACAGUAUUGUAAUAUAUUUGACGUUGGAAAUGCGAGAAUUGGAUUCGCGAUUGCUCAUCAUAGUUUCUAA